UGCGCCGUGCCGGCGCUGGACGGUGGCCUGAGCUACACGCAGGUCGCCGCGGGAGGCGCCCACACGGUGCUGCUCAGGAGCGACGGCACGGCCGUGGCCUUCGGCUCGAAUGACCGCGGCCAGUGCGCCGUGCCGGCGCUGGACGGUGGCCUGAGCUACACGCAGGUCGCCGCGGGAGGCGCCCACACGGUGCUGAUAAGGAGCGACGGCACGGCCGUGGCCUUCGGCUGGAAUCUCUAUGGCCGGUGCGCCGUGCCGGCGCUGGACGGUGGCCUGAGCUACACGCAGGUCGCCGCGGGAGGCGAACACACGGUGCUGCUCAGGAGCGACGGCACGGCCGUGGCCUUCGGCUGGAAUCGCGAGGGCCAGUGCAGCGUGCCGGCGCUGGACGGGGCGCUGACGUACACCGCGCGCCUGCUCGUCGGCGCGACGCUGCUCCUGCAGGCGUCGCUCGACGGCGGCGCGGUGCGCUUCCUGACCCUGGGCGGGGUGGAGCGCUGCCGGGUGCGGGCGGCGCCCGGCGCGCCGCUCGCUGGCGUGCGCGACUGGCUGGCGGGCGAGCUGGGCGCGGGCAGGCUGGGCCCCGGGCUCGCCCGCGCCGACGCGGCCCUGCCAGGCGGACGGCUCCUGAGCGGGGCCUCGGCGUGCGAGACCGUCGCAGACGCCUUCGGGUUGUAG